AUGAACUUUCUCACGACAACCUCAUUCACGAUGGCGCAACAACAGCAACCCCAAUACCAGAUGCCGGCGCAGUUGCCUGUGCAAAUGCCGGGGCCAGUGGGACCUUCCUCGCCCGCUCAGGCAGCACCGUCUCCUGGAGCCCAGGCAUUCUAUCAGCCAGCGGCGAAGCGGCAACGUUUGUCUCCAGAUCCAAGAUCACAGCCAACCUCACCUUAUACACAAUCACCAUAUGGGCCGACCCCAUCUACAGCUGCACCGCCUUCAUCACUACCUCCCGCGCAUUCGAGCCAUUUUGCAAACAUAUCUCAGCCACCUACAUAUCAAGGGCCAUACUCAAACGGCCAUACCACACCCGCUUUGAGCCACCCGUCGCCUUAUAGUCAACCUCCCACCUACAACCCAAAUGCUCCUCCAGUUAGCAACGUACAUGCCAUGCCGUCGCAUAGCCCUCAUCAACCUCAUCCACCUCACCCAACGAACGUCCCUACGAGCAACCAAUUUCCGAAUAACUACAGCAUGCCACCACAACAGCAGCAGCAGCAGCAACAGCAGCAUCAACAGCAUGGAGCUGGAGCCAUGGGGCCCCCGUCUAAACCAGCGGAAAGGGAUAACGUCAACGAUGAUCAGAUGGAUGUGCUAGCGAAUGCUGGUGUAGAUUUGCGUGCUGAGGAAAGCUUUGCGAUGAGCUUUCACACUGGAUCGUUCAACUCUCAACCUGCGUUCAACCAGGCUGGUCUAAAUGCCACCGGUCAUGGCUUCACCCAAUUUGGACCUGGAGAUGCCGGUUCUUUUUACGGAAGUGGCCCUGCCAAUCAACCUGGCGCUCCUAUCGAUAAAGCUACCCAAGAUCAGAUUCAAAAGAAGACAGCAGAUCAGGCUUGGGCUGAUGCAGCAUACAAGUUGGCAAUGUCCAGACAACAUGAGCUUAAGCAUCCCCACGUGCAUGUCGGCGCAUUAUGGAAUAAGAUGGACAAAAUUGCAAAGGAGAACGGAUUGGUGUUGAAUACGGAUAAUGGCAAGAUGCCGCAGUUGAAACUGCCGUCCGAGUUUCCUUCGGAAAUCAAAAUUGAAACCAGGACUGGUCCUGAUGGAGCGCUGGUUGUGGCGAACACCACAUUUCUUCCACAAGACACAGCUCUUGCGGACCAGUUGGCCUUGAUGUCCCUCGCAACGAACCAGAGGAUCAGGAUUCUUCUUGAGGAAACUAUUGCCAUUGUCAAGAGCCGGAGGGUUGGCUCUCAUGGAGUCAUCCCAUCUGAAUGGUCUGACGUUGCAGCAUCGUCUACCAGCGCAGCGGGCACAGUCGUUCCUGAAGGAGCUCCUCGCACUGGCUGGGAAAGUGCAGUCAGCCCAGGCACAAACCCAACUAAUGAUCCUGCAUCUGCAGCUGGUCGACUUCCUACUCCUGUUUCGGAAGGCACCAAGACUCCAACGGGCACUGUCACUAUGACCAACGAGUUGAUAAAAUCUCUCCGUGAAGCCGCAAAUGUGGAGCGCAACUUCGAGGAAAAACGUCUGGCCAAGCGUCAAGGGCGCCCUACGGAUGGUACGGUUGCUCGCAGCGGUUCUGCUGCUCCAGGAACACCCGGAACCGUGGCCCCAGAGCCCUCCACAAAACCACUCACGAAGAAAGAGAGAGAGAAGCAGGAUAAAGGGAAGCAAAACUUGGUUGAUAGCCAUGCUCAGGCAAACGCCACUACGGCGACAUUCCUCUUUGGCGGCAAGAAGAAGAAUAAGUACAGCUGGAUGGACUCGGGCGGUGGCAGUGGGGCAAGCACACCCGGGCGAACAAGCAUGCAGGCUCCAGGUACGCCUGGUGGCAUUGGCGGAGGGGUCGUCGAGAAGGUGAGGCUCACGGCAGAUGGAAAGAACAGAAUGGGCGGUUUUCGCGAGGACAAAGAUGGAGGUCGCCUGGUGCAGCUCCGGGACUUCCUUGCUGUAUUGGAGAAUGAUGGGAGAGAGAAGAAAACAUUGCAGCGGACUUACGCAUGGUUGGAGGGACCAAAACCAAAACCUACCGUGGCCUAGCAGAGUGGAUAGACAGUCGAAAACGGAGGUCUAAACAAGGCGCUACGGCAUCAUUCAUUCUUAUGAUCCUGGGAUUGGCUCGAAGAAUAUCGAUAUGUACAUUACAAUAGAGCAGCGCGCGCGCAUGUUCACCCUCAGAUACAUAUUCGGGGGCUUAAUACGAGAUUUUCAAGUUACGA